CAGGUAUGUUAAUGAGCUACACGUGUGUCUGUCUAUCGAUAUGUAUUUCAUAGAUAACCUAUUGAUUAACAUUGGCUUUGAUUUAAUUUUUGCCCUCAAAUUAAUUUUUUCUUUUCUAUAAUAAUCUCAAUUCAAUCGCUAACCAAACAAAUUGCUAACAAAUAAAUGUUGUAUAACACAAGUGGUGGGCGGUAUUGUUGGCCAAAAAAUGCCCCGCUACUGUUUAUUUGGAGAUACAGUGAAUACUGCCAGUCGUAUAGAGAGCUCGAGUGAGGCCCAGAUGGUUCAAAUCAGUGAGAUGACCAAGGGCAUGUUAGACCAAAAUGAAUGGGAUAUCUAUGAAAGGGGAACCAUUCAAUUGAAAGGCAAAGGAUUUAUGAAGACUUAUUGGUUAUACGGAAGGCAUUCAAAGGAUCAGUCGUCGGAUAAUAGCAGCACUGGUGGCGACGACACGGACAAGAGGUGUAUCGGGAGGCAAACCGAGCGCCUACUGGUCACCGGUGACCAAAUGUGUUCAUCCCGGUCGUCAUCGUUGGCCGCGUUGGACGACAAGUAUAGCCGGUCGGCGCUGAACGACAACCGAUCGCUAAUACCUUUAGUCUCAAUGACACAAAACAACACUUUUAGCCAAAAACAAUUGAAUCGUUUAAUGGCAUUGCAAUUAAGCAAACAAUUAUCGCUAUCUGAUAACAUCAACACUACGACCACCGCUACUAUCGCUGACAACGAGAAAAACAAUAUUAAUUAUAAUAUUAAAAAUAAUGAGAAAAAUGUGUCUAUAAUUGGCUCCGAAGGACAACUACAACAACAGCCGCCGGCGCUCUCGUCGGUGGCUAUCGAUAGACUCAAUACAAUCCACAAUCCGCUGAUGACCGGCGACGCCGAGAGCUCUGACACCGGCGCUGGCAAUGGAGGCCACGGAUGUCAGGGCUGUUUCAAGUGUACCAAAUCAAAGUCAAUGGGCGAUAAUAGCCGAACCCGCGCUCACACGUCCUGUAAUGUCAUUUAA